CGCAGAGGCGCGCGUGCAGAGGCCACGCGCUUAGUCUCCGCAUCCUGCGCGCUGCCGGCUGCCAGCCGCUGGGCCAGCAAUCAUGAGGACCAAGCAAGUGAACUUGCUCAUCUCCUUCGUCGCGGUCACGCUCUUCAGCUUCUCCUGCUUCUGCAUCUCCAAGCUGACUCAUACUUACAAUCAACUAAUUAGUUGUAGAAACCACGUUUUGGAGUUUAGGGAAACUAUGCUGCAUUUAAAAAACAAAACUGAAAACAACCGUCAGGAGCUGAUAAAAGCCUUGAAUCAGAUGAAGUAUGAAAUUACACUGAGAGAGAAUGAGUCCAGAAGCUUAGAUGAGAAAAUGGUUACCCCGAGUGAGAAUGAAACAGCAUCUAAUAGAUUUGAAGCCUUGAAGUUCUUUUUUCCACAUCUAAGGAAAGUUGCCAGGGUCUAUCCUGAUGUAAUCAUUGGCAAAGGGAAAAGAGAUGAUACCUCAGUAGAGAAAUGGAGUAAUGAAGAUUAUUUAAAGUCUGUUGUUGACAUGAUUAUGAAAAGAUUCAGAAGGCAAGUGAAAUCUGGAUCCCUAGAGGUCAUUUCAGUACCAGCUUUUUUAUACCCGGAUAGGUUACAUACCCAGCGGCCAACUGUCUCAGAGCGUAAGAGUUGGCACAUGAAACAAGUAUUGGAUUUUUGUAUAUUGAUGCUGUAUGCCCAAUCCAAGGCCAUGUAUUAUUUACAGCUAGAAGAUGAUAUCAUAGCUAGAAAGAUGUACUUCACAAAAAUGACAGAUUUUUUACAUAAUAUCACUUCGAAUGAUUGGUUUUAUAUUCAGUUUUCAGUACUUGGAUUCAUAGGAAAACUGUUUAGAACUGAGGACUUGCCUAGCUUUGUACAUUUUUUUCUAAUGUUCUACAAAGAUAAACCCAUAGACUUGCUCUUGGAGACCAUAUUUCAGGUAAAGAUGUGUGAUCCAGCAGAAAAUUUUAAAGAAUGUUCAAAACGCCAGAAACACAUACUUCUUCAGCAUAAACCUUCUCUUUUCCAGCACGUGGGUACACAUUCGUCACUUCCUGGAAAAGAACAAUAUUACAAAGAUAUCUAUUAUUAGGAUUUUCAUAAUUUUAACAGCUCCUUUAAAAAUCAUCAGACUCAUUCUUUGGAAAAAGUAGCAUAACAAGAAUAAAACUAUUUCUCAACCUUCUUAAGAGUGGAUAAGAGACAUCAUAUUUUAAAAAUGUUAAGCCUUUAAUAAUAAAGUGAAAAUUCUAAGAUAAUAAGAAUAUCAAGAAGAAACUGCAAUACUUGGAACUUCAAAUAAACUUGAUUUCUAAUAUCGUCUUUCAGAAAUUGAAAUAGUGAGAAUACUUAAUCAUCCAGAAGAGAAAAAGCAAUGAAGAAAUUGGCAACCUUGAAAGUUUUAAAUGACCUCUUAUGCCAAGGGGGAAAAAAUAGAACAGGAAGUGUGAGUGCAACUCAGUGGUAGAGUGCUUCUUAGAAUGUACAGGGUUCCAUCCCCCAGUACUGCCAAAAUAAUAAUGAUAAUAAUAACAGUAAUAAUCGAUCUUUUUAUUUAUGAAGUGUGUAACUAUUACAAUUUACUGUCUAAAAAUCAGUAAAGGCAGGGACAUUUUAAAAAAUUAAGAACUGUAUUUUAACAACAUAGAAAACAAGGCUAUCCCAUAAUCUCAAAAAAUAGCUAAAGCUCAGAAAUGUACUAUGUCACAGACAAGUUCUGUCCAAUUGGCAUAUGGUCUUCUCCAUCUUGCUGCAAUACCUAAAGAAAUAGAAAGCACAAAUUUGAGCAAGGCUGGCAGUGCCAAACAUCAUCUUGUGUUUUAAUAAAUAACAUUGAAAACUCUAAACUUAUUCCUAGGUGCCAUUUAGGCUGAUUGUUAAACACCUUGUUAUGUAAAUAUUCUUGAUAACCAUUUCAUUUGAAGGAUUUAUUUAACCUGUGGAUUAUUUGGGACUGUGUUUGCUUUUUCAUACAAGCUAAUAUAUUUUUGUUUUGCUGAUGUUAGCUUUAUUUCCAUUUAUUUUUAUUGUUGAUUUCUAAUUUGAUUGCAUUGUUAAGAGAAUGUUAUCUGUGUGAUAAAAGUUUAGAACUGUUGUGAAUCGUUAUGUUCAGUAUGAUUUUGAAAAAAAAUGUAUAGUUUCUAUACACUUCUUUAAAAAUAUGUGGAGCUUAUUUGUUUUUACAAAUGUUGAUUUUAUGCUUUAAACAUGUCUUUUUAAAGUAUUCCUAAUUAUCGGGUCUGGGCUUUUCAUUUGGUUGCUUACAUCUUUUAAAAUAUUAUUUGUCUGCCCCACCCAUCAGUUUCUUACAGGGAUCUUUUAAAAUGUAUUGGUUUUUUUUUUUCUUUCGGAUUUGUCUUUAUUUAUUUUGAGCAAUAUAAGAGAUAUUUCUGGCUUUUUAUCCUUUAAUCAAAUGCAUCUUAAUUUUUAUUGCCAUCUUACCUGUACCAAUUCUUCACACAUUUACCUCAAUAUAACUUUAUCACAUACCAAUUUGUAAAGAAAAUAUGAAAGAUGUGCUGUUCACAUGUGUCCACUUAGUUGUUCUUUUAGAAGAGGAUAUAUGUAUGUUACAAAGAUUUUAAAUUUAACUUCAAUUUUGAAAUUUUAAAAUUAAGUCUGCUAGAGCAUAUUCCAGGUUCAUAUGUAGAAUUAAAAUUAAGUCUCGGUACAGUUUUAUCCAAGAGGCAACAUUCUUUGGGGGGACAUUCUGGAUCCAAAUUACAGCAGAACAUUUAUGUGAAUUUCUAGUAAUAUAGCAAUAUUACUAAUAUUAGCAGUAAUAGUAGAUAUGUUUCCACUCUUGAAUGGAAGGGAAAGAGAGACCCUCUAUUAAAAUAGAUGUGUAAAAAUGU